UCCGAUGUGCAAAAUAAAAUCAACAACAUGGAGCGUAAUACGCAAUAUAAACACGCUGCAGAAAGUGUGGAAAGUCUCCGUAACAGGAGAAGAUAUAAAAAUAAUGAAAUUCGUAAAGAGAAGAGAGAGCGAGUGGUGCGAUCAAAGCGAUUUCGUCACAGUGUGUGUGAGGACGAGAGUGAAACAGAAUUCACUAAAGAACAGAUUGAAAAUGCUGCAAAAGCCAUACAGAAGAAAGGAAAAGAAGCUCUUGAAUCUUUCCAACUUCUCAGGCGGGCAUUUGCUGCCGGUUCCACAUACAUUGAUAUGUUUCUAAGUGUCGACAAUGCAUUACAGACUUUGGUCGGACAACUGACGGGUAAAGACACAGAUCUGCAGUUGGCUGCUGCAUGGUGUUUGACUAACAUAUCUGCGGGAACUCACGAACAUGCCAUGGUGGUUGUCAAGUUAGCAGCUCCUUACCUGACCACCUACCUGGAUAGCGGCAGUAAUAUCCUGAAGGAUCAGUGUGCAUAUGCGAUUGGCAACUUGGCUGGGGACAGUCAGGAGUGUCGUGAAAUCCUUCAUUCUCAGGGUUGUGUCCCUUUGCUGGUCAAACUUCUUGAGUCAUCUGCUCUAGAGGUGGCCCAGUAUGCAGCAUUUGCUCUGUCCAACAUAUCAAGGGAAAGCACAGACAUUACAAGAGACAUGGUUAAAUGUGGCGUGGUGCCCAUCAUUUUAAAGAAGAUUAAAGAAGUCCCUCUCGACAAACCGGAGCUCUUAGCAGAGACUGCAUGGUUGUUAACCUAUCUCACUGCAAGUGGUGACUAUACAGAGGAGCUGAUAGCGGGCGGUGUUCUCAGUCGAGUGGUAGAAAUCCUUACCAAGUUUGCGGACCACCCACCGGAGGAUCCACAGGUGAUGACUCCUCUGCUGCGGACGCUGGGUAACAUCAGCAGUGGGCCCGACGAGUACAGCAUGCAGGCGUGUGAAAACCCAUUCCUCCUCCAUGCCCUCGAGAACUUCCUCAUGUCCUCCCACAGACACAUCAUCAAGGAGACUCUCUGGGUCCUGUCCAACAUGACGGGUGAAAUCAGUGUGUGUAGCUCAGUGGCAUUUGGUCCCUUGCUGCCCAUCAUUAUCAAACAUCUCGACGAUGCCUAUGACAUAAAGACAGAGGCUGCAUAUUUGUUAUGUAACAUGGGUUGCCAUGGUACGGAGGUGUGCACCAAGUUGGUUGCCGAGAAAGCCAUACAACACAUCAUCCCCAUGCUGAAAUCACAAGAUAUUGAGAUGAUCCACCUCGCGUUGUCCUUCUGUGAAAUGGCUCUUCGGCUUACGGAAAGUGCAAAGUUCAACUUUGAGUCGAGUGAUGGGGUGGGUCGUCUGGAGGGUUUGGAAUAUCACUCGAACGAGAUGAUCCGCAAAGAGGCUCACCAGCUGCUAGACACAUACUUCCUCAUCGACGAAGAGAAGGGCUUGUAAUGAGAAGACUCAUCAAAAACCAUCUGACUGGACUAUACCACUACUCGGCCAUCUAAACAUUUCAUCAAAAAACCAUCUGGACAAUAUCAGUACAUAAUUAGUGCUUCUCAGAAAUAAUCUAAACAUCUCAAUAAAACAAUCUGACUGGACAAUAGCACUACAUAAUUAGUGCUUCUCAGACUUGUCUAAACAUCAGAAACCAUCUGGACAAUAUCAGUACAUAAUUAGUGCUUCUCAAAAUUAAAUUAAACAUCUCAACAAAACCAUCUGGACAAUCUCAGUACAUAAUUAGUGCUUCUCAGACUGAUCUAAUCAUCAAAAACCAUCUGGACAAUCUUAGUACAUAAUUAAUACUACUCCGACUUCUCUAAUCAUCAAAAACCAUGUGGAUAAUAGCACAUGUGAGUUAAUUCUACUCAGUCAUCUGCAGAUGCACCUGUUGUCUUUAGCCUUGUGGGCUAUUUCACUUGUUAUUGACAAACUUGGUAUUGAAGUAUUUGAAUCGUCCUCAUUAUGGAUUAACCCUUUUUUGGGGCAGUUUAACAUCAUCUGGUCCAGUCACUGAAUUUACAGGAAACUUGUGUGAAUAUUUUCAUUCAAAUGCAAAUCAUGUUUUUUACUGAACCAUAAAGUUGUUUUUUCAUUGGCAUAUAAACCAUAACUGUAAACCAUUUUUGUAUUUUUAUUUUAUGUUUUUAUUAGAUUGAAAAAAAAAUUCAUAUGCAUAUAACCUAUUUUGGUAGUUUAUCAAACAUUGCAUUGUGACCAUGUUUCAACAUAUUCCAUUAUUUCUGUUGUGAUCAAAUUAUAUGUUAUAAAUAGUUGUACUUUGAUUACAUUUUAAUUUAAAAGUGUUCCACAUUAUUUCUUUGUAAUUAUUGAUGUUUUUAUUGUUGCUUCAUGUCCAGAUAGUGUUUCGCUGGUGGGCCAGUAGCCAACUAUAAAUGGAUUCAUUGUUGGCCUGGCAGCUCACAUUUGCCAACUGGGCCAAGAUUUUUGAAGCUAUCUUAGCACUGCGAUAUUGUAAAACCAUCAUAGGCUUUGGCAUACAUGCAUCAUUGUGAUGUUAUAGCUUACAAUGGUUUUAUGAUAUCGGAGCUCUAAAAUAGCCUUGAAAAUCUGUAGCCUAGUGGUUAGUCACUGGUCACUGUUUAUUAUUAGCAGUCUGUUGCUCAUUUACCAAUGUUGGUGAAACAGCAAAUUUCAAAUGACUGUUGUCACCAACAUGAACACUUGGCCAAUGUACAGAUGCUAUCUGUGUAGGAAGACUUGUUGUGACGGUUCAUAGACCACCUACAGGAUGAGAUGCAGAUUCUAUGAUUAUUGCUUGGGUUAGAUAUAACCUUAAGUUCAUAAAAAACAAGCCAUUCCUCUCUAUAUGUCACAGAUAUUCCACAAAAUUCAUUGUUUUCAUAUACCAAAGAAGAUAUGUCGGAUGUAUUAAAUUCAUAUUAAAUAUAUAAUUCUUACAAAGUUUGUAACAUAGAUGAUUUCUUAAACUAAAAUUGGAUGAUAUUAAAUAACGAUUGAGUUUUGAUUAGAUCAUUCUUGUAGUUGAGUGGUUGCAUUAGAAGUUAAUUUUUGUAAUUGAGUUUCGAUGGUUUAUAUUUUUCUGUUGUUGUGUUCAAAUCAUGUUUCUGAUUCUUGUACAAAACUAGCCUACUAUUGAUGGUAAAAUUGUCACUUUGAAAAGUUACUGUAAAAAAAAAUGCUAUUCCAUUGAGAAGCUACUUAACAUCAAUCGCCCUGUAAACAAUGGUGGAUUGGUCCACUGUCUUUUCUACCAUAGCACAAAGUUAUUUGUUUUCAAGAAGGAACAGCACUUACAGAGAAUUCUACACCAGACUUCACAAAAAAAGAACGAGUGGCCACUGUGGUCUCCCAACUAUGGACUUUUUAAUACAGUGAAAUUUCUCUAAACCGGAUCCUCAGUAAACCGGAAUUCCAUCAACACCGAACUUUUUUCACGGUCCCACGUUUUACGCAGCUUUAACCUCUGAAAUAAACCCCUGAAAACCGAAAACCCCUCUACUCUGAAUACCGAACGUAUUUCCGGGUCCCGUUUUGUUUAUUCAAUACAAAUUUGACCUCUGAAGACCGAACAAUUAAAAACUCUGAAGGAGCGUCGCCUGUCUCGACCAUACCAAUUAGUUGUCAAAGUCGUGGUGUUACUAACUAUACCAGAUGGUAUGCGCAUGCUCGGUGUAGCGUGUCCGGACAUGUUUGAGCAUUUGUCGAACAAUACUCUAAUUAGUCUCUGUUACCUAGAUUUCUGUUAAACCUUGUCAUUCAAUUAACACCUUUAAGUUUGUAACGGGAAUAAUCAUGUGCACUGUGUUUAUUGGGAAUGAGAUUAUUACCUCUUCCGAACAAAUUUAUCGCUGGUUAUAUCUGAUUAUUUUACACGAGGACCUGACAAAGCAACCAUAAAUUUAAUUCGUUGCAUUCUCAUUGUCUCUGUUCCACUGUUUAUUUAGACAAAUAAGUCUUCUGUUUUCGAUAUGUUUCGUAGGUAUGUCAAUAGCAUUUCAUUUCCAUAUCGAUUGUCAACAUUAUUGUUGGUUUAUAAAUGUAAUUUAACACACGUUUGUACCUUGGUAAUAUUAAUAGUAAAAAAAAAAAAAUGGUUAUCAAGGCUGUUUCUUAAAACCUCAGUAAACCGAACACCCCUCUAAACCGAACAUUUUAUUUGGUCCCAAGGGUGUUCGGUUUAGAGAAGUUUCACUGUAUAAAGUAGUCUAUAGUAGUUUAAAGUAGUCUAUAGUAGUUGUGUGAACAAAUUAUUGGAGAAGAACUUAAAAAGGAAAUCCCCAAAUUUUGGAACAACUAUUAACUCAAAGAAGGAAGGAAGUACAAUUUGAUGCUUGGAUGAAACAAAACAAAAGAAAAAAGGAUUACAAGGUGUGGUGGGUGGUGGUGGAUCAGUCGACCAUCGGUUUUAGUACAUACAUCCUCAUUUUUAAUUGCCUGAUAUAAUUCCUCAUACCCAGUGUGGAUGACACAAUUAAAUGAUUAAUGUAAUUGAGAAGUAGAAUGACUAAACAGCUCUAUGAACUGUAUGCUCACCUUAGUAGAAUAAAUAAGUCUUCAUCGUGUACUAUAUAAUGGGUAUUUAUCUACAACUUAACAUUGCAUUUAGAUCAGCUAUCCGAAUACACUGGAAACCAAUAUCAGUAUACCUUCACUUAGAAAUAAAGAACCGAGUAUAAAUGACUUUAGCUUGAUUGUUCUAUAUUUGAUUGUAAUACCUAAGACAUUAUGACUGUUUCUCAUUGCUGGAUAGAUCAACAUACAGCCAGGUUAUUAAUCACUUCUGUUGUUUUACAUAUCACAUGCAUCAUUAUAAAACUAGUCUAGACUUGAUUCUCAAACCUGUCCAGCAGACGUUAUGAAUGCAGACAAAUAAAGUAGGAACAGUUAGUGAUGUAGACAUAGGAGAUAGGUGGCUUGGGGGGAGAUAAUGAAUUUAGCAUGUUACAGGACAAAGACUGAAUUUUAUAUAGGACAUUAUUCUGUUACAUUGAAUUCUUUGUGUGCUUGUAAUUUCAUACUACAUAUACUAAUGUGAAUUUCAGGGUACUUUAAAACAUUUUAGGGCAAAAUACAUCCUAUAUUUUCAAGAAAUAUGAUAAAGUUAACUAAAACUACAUGUAUCCCUUUGUAUGUGUGUCAUUCCAUAGUUUGGUAUAUAGAAAACCAGGGCCCAUGCUUAUCAAACUUUAUGAGUCCAGACUCCAUCCUUAAUGAUGUUGGACGCAUGCAGUUUGUAUGUUGUUGUCAUGAUGUUGAAGUGCAGACACUGAAAGUUUUAUAGGCACCAGGCCUGGUAUCCGUUUUCAUGUGUUUAUAUUUUUAUGUGGUACACUUGUAUUUUAUUGUUUUCAAGAACAGUAUUAAAUUUUUUAUUAGUGUUAUUUUUAGGUAGAUUGCUGUUCAAUUGAUAUGGAUAGGUUUGUUUUUAAAGUUGUCACUGACCUAAAAAUUUGUCUUUUUAAUGGUAAACUUCUGUAGUAAUAGAUGUAUUCACUAAAUGGAUGACUGACAUGUUAGUGGUGUUUUACAUUUGAACUAUCAGUUAUGCCCCUUUAAGCAUGGUGUAAUUGUUUGUGCUUCUGUUAUAACACUUUAGUGUUUUAGAUACAUUUUAGAAUAACUCCACACCGCACUGAAUGGAUUUGAUAUUGUAAAUUUAACUGGUUUCAGUAAAAAAUAUACAUAA